AUGAUGAAAGGAAAGAAGAUCGUGGUUGGGUCACCAAGGUUGACACGUUCCAAGAUUCUACCAAUUAGUACUUCCGGUUCAAGACGCGGACAGACCUUGGAAAGUUUAAAGGCAGAAACGGCAUCAUUCUUAGAAGUUACGCCCCUUGGAUCAAAUAGCGCGAGCACUCGACGUCACAUUAAAUACGAAAACACAUACAAACUUGAACCAGAGAAAAACUUUGUCAAUGUGGAAAUUGAAAAGGCAGCGGAGAACAUAUUAGUGAACAAUUUACAUGACAAAAAGUACGAGCCAGAACAAUGUAAAACAUUAAGUCAAAUGCUAAGUUCACGGAUUUUAGAAACAAUAAAAGACAUGGGUUACGGAAAAUUUAAAAUGGUUUGCGUUGUUUCGAUAGGAUCAAUGAAAGAAAGACCAGGGAUGCAAUUCGGAUCACGUUGUCUUUGGAAUAAGGAAACAGACAAUUUCAUCAGUGCUAAAUUUAGUAACACGUCACUGUUCGCGGUUGCUAUGGUUUACGGAUUACAUUAUGAUUGA